UAACCCUAAUGAACGCAAAAGAAGGAAGACGAGACCGGCAGGGCGCCCAGGCAUGCAUACACUGCAGAACUCCCUUGUCUUCUUCUUGUACUUGAGUGAUAUAUGUGCUGUCAGUGGAGAAUGUGGAGUUCGCUACCAUGGAUAACGAGAGAAGGUGUUGGUGGUGCAACAGAUCCCGAUGCAGAGGUGGUGGCGCUGCAGCCGGAGGAUCUGCUGGCGACGGGCCGAUACAUCUGCGAGGUGUGCGGGAAGGGAUUCCAGCGGGAUCAGAACCUGCAGCUGCACAUGCGCACCCACAACAUCAACUGGGAGCUCAAGAAGAGCGGCGGCACGCCGGCGCGACGCAAGGCCUACAUCUGCCCCGUGCCCACCUGCGUCUACAACGACCGGUCCCGCGCCCUCAGCGACAUCACCGGGAUCAAGAAGCACUUCAACAGGAAGCACGGGACCAAGAAUCUGAUAUGCCCUCAGUGCUCCAAGCCCUAUGCCGUGGAGGCGGAUCUCAAGGCCCACCUGAAGAACCACAUCCUGCGCGACCAUCAAUGCGAGUGCGGCAGUACCUUCUCCAGGUGAGCAUCAAUGGCUACACCAUUGAUUCAUCGGCCUAUUAGUUAUGAGCUCGUAUUAGGACACACGAACACUUCGCAUGUGGCAGAAAGAACAGCUACGAGGCGCACCGGGCAUUCUGCUGCAAGCUGUUAGAGGAGAGCAUGAAGCUGCCUUCUUCGGUCGCCGGAGAGCCGAGCACCAGGGCCGAUGUCGACGUCUUUGGCGGCAAUUUUGAACUUCCCGACAUGAACGAGCAACUGGUCUACACCAACAUCGGGUUUACUUCUCCCCAGGAAGCUCCCCUGCGAGUUGAAGCCACGGCAGAGCAGCCGAACGCGGUCUUGAAUGAUGACCGGGAUGCGCCAUCAGCUGGGCAGCUGAAUCGCUCUGUUGCCAUGCUUCCCGAUGACCCCGACUUCGUGGCAUCUCUCCCAGUGUGCCUAACUCGUCUUCUGAAGUCUCGCUACGAUGAGGUCUUGUGUAUGUACUCUUCUUCCGGCACUUACGGCGGCAUGGCUCAGGUGGCAUCACCACCGCUCGCGGCCAAUCACUCUUUCUCCAACGCAUCUCUCGACGAAUUAAGGGAGGAAAAUGGUCUGAAUGGGAAGUCCUCUACGUUUGAUUUCUUCGGUGGGUCAUCUUCUUCCUUCAUGGAUCAUGGAGCUCCAUCUACAGAGGAAUCACAGGGACUAGGACCUCAUCUUUCACUAUCAAACG